AUGAAAAUAUCAAUUUUUCUCUUCAGCUCCAUUUUCGCUCGACCAAGUCGAUAUCGCGGCUCUAACAGGGCGGAAAACGCGAUUCAAGAAGAAAUAGACCUUCUAGACACCCCUUCAGACGCUUAUCUCGAAUAUCUCCUCGCCCUCGAUGCAAUCAACAACGACUUCCCAAGCCAAGUCCCAAUCAACGGCCGCGCCAACAACUUCAACCAGCCAAAGAACAUCGGCUCUAGCUUUAACCUCCCAAGCAACCUGGACCUUUUCCUCGAGCAGAAUCAGGAGUACUUCCAAAAGCCAUCCUACCAAAAUCAACAAUUCUACAAUAACUUCGACUCCCAAAAUCGCCAGAAUCGACGCUACUUGAACAGAUUGAGCGAUUUGGACGAGCUAUUCCGCGACUAUUAG